UCAAAUUCAAAGUACAAAUAAUUACAAAAUUAAACUCAUAAUGUAAAAAAUUCUCUAAAAAUUUUCCAACAAAUUCUAUAAAAUGACUAUACAGCAACUAAUUAAACUAUUGAAAAUAUGUAAACACUGAAAAUAUCAGAUAAUGGAUGAGUGGGACUUAGAGCCAAAAAGGAAACUUCAAGCAGGACCCACAGCUUCUAGACUCCCAGCUCAAACACAAAAUUUUUCCGUGACAAGUACGUUUGUUAGAAAUAAAGACCCUAAUGAUAUACAGGGUCAGUUACGAAACCUACAAGCUACAGAAGACUUGGAACUUACUGGUCAAAUCAAAGUGCUUUCUUCUAUAACAACCACAAAGGAGGCUUAUUGUGUGAAAUAUACUGAAGAGUAUGACUACUUGUGUGCCGGUUUUACCGAUGGCAAAAUACGUGUAUUUUCAACAGCAAAUUCCAAAUGCACUGCAACGCUUACUGAUGAAGAAACUAACGAAAAUUCAGCACCAGUCACUUGCAUGAAGCAUAGGCCUGUCAAUAAAAAUUACCCUAUUAUUAACUGCAUUACUGCCACAUAUGCAAAUGGACUAGUGAAAUGUUGGAAUUAUAGUUUCAAUCAAUGUACGUACACAAUACGAGAAAAAAGGCAAACUUACAAUAUAACAUACCAUCCACGACUGCCAAAAUUUAUUACUUGUGGGGAUAAUGGAAAAAUGUACUACUAUGAUGAAGAAUCAAAGGUGCAAGAAAGAAUAUUAAGUGGAAGCGACAACAAUUCCGUUUUGGAUGGGCACUCUUCAAGAGUAUUCGCUGCUUGUUUUAAUCCCCAAUCAAAUUAUGAAUUAAUCACUGGAGGUUGGGAUGAUGUUGUACUUUUUUGGGACCUUCGUCAACCAUUCGCUUUGCGUCAUUUAUCAGGUCUACAUAUGGGGGGUGAAGGGCUAGAUAUUGAUUCUGCUGGAAAAACUAUAUUAACUUGUGCUUGGCAAGCUGAAAAUGCACUUCAACUUUGGGAUUAUGGCUCAGGAAACCUCAUUACAACUUUGGAACCGGACAUUUUUAAUACAAAGUUGUAUUGUGGAAGAUUUAUAGGGAAAGACUAUUUGAUCUGCGGUGGAUGUCAAAGUAAUUUAUUAAGACUUGUGGAUAAGACAACUUCCUUUUCUGCUGCAAACGUCAAGAAUUUACCAAAAGGAGUCUACUCCAUUGACAUAGGUCAACCCAAACUGAGUAAGGAUAAGGCUAAGGAAUACAUGACCAAGGCAAACGAGAUUGCUACACUGCCUCGUAUAGCAUUCUCAGCGGGAACAAAAAUAUUUCAAAUAGACUUCUCUGCUAAAUAAAUUAUAGCAUUUAUUUCAUCCAUGUCUAUGCAUAAAAGUUUUUAAGCAGUACAGUUUUCUCUUCAAUAUUAUAUUACAAACUAAA